AAGCGCGGAUUAUAUAAUAUGAACUUUCUUGGCUCUAGAAUUAGCAAUGCCACUAUUCUCUCUCUCUAGAAAAUUUUGACUCUCUCUCUCUCUCUCUCUCUAGACUCUUAUCUAUCUUAAAUAAAGCAAAGAAAACGCAGCAACUCCCCCACUUUCAUUGCAUGCUCUGCUCAUCUCCUCCUUGCUGUCCAUCCUCUUCUCUCUCACUACACAAAUUGUUAUCCAUCUAUCAACAAAGCAACCCAAAAUCACAAAGAAUUAAGCAAGAAAAAACAUCUCUCAUGGCCGUUGAAGCACGACAUCUCAACCUCUUUCCCCCUCAACUCACCACAAACAGAGAUUUUAUCAAAACAUGUGAGGCAAACACAAAUAUAUAUAAUACUCAGAUUGGUUCUGAAAUUCCUUUCAACGGAACAAUGCCAGAAACAAUCUUGCCGGCUUUCCAUCAAUAUUCUCUGGUCUGUGAUACAGUUCCGGCAAAAACGUCGAUGAAGGCCGAUAGUGGACUCACCUACAAUCUUCCUCCUCCAAGGAAGCGUUCCAGAGAUUCAAUGAACCAGUUCAACACUUUCCUAGUCCCUCAGAAGACCAACCUCUCCGACUUCUCAUCCUCUAUUGGUGAAAACAUCCCAUUGCAGAUCAUGCAACAGCAAUUCGAGAUCGACCACAUCAUCUCCGAACAUACUAAGAAAAUCAGAUUGGAAGUUGAAGAGAGACAAAAGCAGCACGCGAGAUUGUUGGUAUCGGCAAUAGGAGAAGGAAUGAUGAAGAAGUUGAAGGAAAAAGACGAACUGAUUCAGAAAAUGGGCAAAUUGAAUUGGGUUCUUCAAGAAAGAGUAAAGAGUCUAUACAUGGAGAACCACUUAUGGAGGGAUUUGGCAUUAACCAAUGAAGCCACAGCCAAUUCUCUGCGUACCAAUUUAGAACAGGUCCUGGCGCACGUUAGCGACGAGCCUCUGCCCGCCGGCGGACGCAUUGGAGCUGUUGCGGAUGACGCUGAGUCAUGCUGUGAUAGCAGUGAUUACGGGAGGAUUAAUGAGGAGGAGGAAAGGCCGCGCGUGUUGGCGGAAGAGGGAGGAGAUUCAUCAAUGGGUGUGAAAGGUAAGGAGGAGGAGGAGGUGGUGGUUGGUGGUGGUGGUAAGUGCUGGGACAGGAUGUGCAAGAAUUGUGGGGAGAGAGAAUCGCGAGUGCUGUUGCUGCCAUGCAGGCAUCUGUGCCUCUGUACACUUUGUGGGUCCACUCUCCUCCAGACUUGCCCUGUAUGUAACUCUGAUUUGAAUGCAAGUCUCCAUGUUAACAUGUCAUGAAUGUGAAAAGAAAUUUAGGAGGAGAGAGAAAAAGAAAAAAAGAAAAAAAGA